AUGGAAGCGGCGUAUAAUUUUAUUUUUGAACACGAAAAUGAUGAUAUUUUAGAAAAUUUAGAACUUUUAGAUAAUAUUGUUCGACGUCCUAAGACAUAUAAAGAGCGACGUGAUUAUUUUGAAGAAUAUGACGAUGUAGAUUUUAGGACAAGGUUUCGUUUAUCGAAAGAAUCUUGUUUGGAUGUUUUGCAAAUGAUUGAAGAUAAACUUGAAUAUCCAUCAAAUCGAAACAAGUCGAUAUCGCCAAUAAACCAACUUCUUCUAACUUUGAGAUAUUAUGCCACUGGUUCACAACAAAUAACUAUGGGUGAUUACUGUGGAAUGAGCAAAUCCACUUCUCACAGAAUUAUACACCGAGUUACUGUGGCUAUAGCGUCACUCGGUCGCCAGUUUAUAAAAUUUCCUGCCUCAGAAGAAGAAGUAAAAAAAGAACAAUUACAAUUUUAUAACAUAGCACGCUUUCCUAAGGCACUGGGUGCUCUGGAUUGUACACAUAUACGUAUUCGUUCUCCUGGUGGGGAAAAUGGAGAACAUUUUAGAAAUAGAAAAGGCUACAUGUCUAUAAAUGUGCAAGCAAUAGGAAAUGCUAACUUGGAAAUUUUAGAUUUGGUUGCGAGAUGGCCAGGAAGUAACCAAGAUCAAACUAUUUGGAACGGAUCAUACAGAAACACUAUAUUUGAAAGUGGUCAAUAUGGUGAUGCCUUUCUUUUAGCAGACAGUGGUUACAUGAACCGACCAUACAUGCCACUGCAGUAUCCAUUAACCCCAGAGGAGAGAUUGUACAAUGAAUCACAAAUAAGAAGUAGGAACCCCAUUGAACGCCUGUUUGGAAUAUGGAAACGUCGAUUCCCAGUACUUACAUUAGGUAUACAAGUACAGUUGAAAAAUUGCCUUCCUAUAAUUGUUGCUACGGCUGUGUUGCACAACAUCUUAAUAAAAGCAAAAGAAGAGCUGCCAUCUGAUGAUCCAGAAAUACAACUUCCUGCUCCUUGGGACGAUUUAAUUGAACAAGGGCAUAUUAGAGAGCACAGACAUAAUGAUAACAUAAACAGAGAUAUAAAUCCUGUGCGCAGAAGUCUUAUUAAUAAUUACUUCAGAAGUUUGCAUUUACAAUCAUUAUAA